GCUACACACCAAAGUUCUCGCUUCUGGUGAAUUCUCAGUGCUUGCACUCUCUCAACCAACGCUCUCUUUUUUGCACUCGUUUGCACAUUUUUCUCCUUACAGGAAAAAAACCAAUUAACCAGACAACACUCGAUGUUUGUUCUUUCUCUCGUUAACGUCGUUGCCGUCAAGGUUUUCAAGAAAACCACCCCGAAUGGUAAAGUCACCGUCUACUUGGGCAAACGCGACUUCGUAGAUCACAUCGAUCACACCGAACCCAUCGAUGGAGUAAUUGUAGUUGACAAUGACUACCUCAAGGGCCGCAAGGUCUAUGGCCAACUCGCGACCACUUACCGCUACGGUCGCGAGGAGGACGAGGUCAUGGGCGUCAAAUUCAGCAAGGAGAUGAUCCUUGCCAAGGAGCAGAUCAUUCCUGCCGGCUCCAAGAAGGUCGAGCUGACUCCCAUCCAGGAACGUCUGAUGAAGAAGCUGGGACCGAACGCCUUCCCGUUCACCUUCCAGUUCCCCAACAACUCUCCCUGCUCCGUGACCCUCCAGCCUGGUGAGUCCGACGAGGGCAAGCCCCUCGGCGUCGAGUACACCAUCAAGACCUUCGUCGGAGACAACGCCGAUGACAAGACCCACAAGCGUUCUGCCGUCAAUCUGGCCAUCAAGAAGAUCCAGUUCGCUCCCGCCUCCCGCGGCCGCCGUCUUCCUAGCUCCCUCGUCAGCAAGGGAUUCACCUUCUCUCAGGGCAAGUUGAACCUGGAGGUGACCCUGGACAAGGAGAUCUACUAUCACGGCGAGAAGGUUGCUGCCAAUGUCAUCAUCACCAACAACUCCCGCAAGGACGUCAAGAACAUCAAAUGCUACAUCGUCCAGCAUUGCGAGGUCACCAUGGUGAACGCCCAGUUCUCCAAGUACGUGGCUGAGUUGGAGACCCGUGAGGGCUGCCCAGUGACCCCUGGCGCGUCCCUGACCAAGGUGUUCUACCUGGUGCCUCUGGCCAGCAACAACAAGGACCGCCGUGGCAUCGCCCUUGACGGCCACCUCAAGGACGACGACGUCAACCUUGCUUCUUCCACCAUGGUGGAGGAGGGACGCGCCCCGUCCGAGGCCAUGGGUAUCGUCGUCUCCUACUCCGUGCGCGUCAAGCUGAACUGCGGCACCCUUGGAGGAGAGCUCGUCACUGACGUGCCCUUCAAGCUUCUGCACCCUGCCCCAGGAUCUGCCGAAGCCGAAAAGGUGAAGGCCAUGAAGAAGGGCAAGUCCAUCGACCGCAGCAAGUACGAGAACUCCCACUACGCUGGUGGUGAUGACGACGACAACAUCGUCUUCGAGGACUUCGCUCGUCUGCGUCUGAACGAGCCCGAUGAGUAAACUUGUCAACGCCUACAAUUACUUAGAAGGGAGGAAGAGCAGCUGCCGGGGCUCGAAUCGGACAUUGCUCCUUUCAAAGGCGUCGAAAAUCACACUCUGAAGGGCAACUGGGCGAUUCCCGGCCUGGCAACUGUUGAACAUCGAAUUAAACGCACUCCCGAAACAAAAUGGAACUAAAAAAGGACAAAAAAAAUUGUAAAAGAACAAAGCCGACAAAAAAAUAGUCCCCUUAAAGUAAUACCUUCACUGAUGUCCGACACACAUUUAAGGUAGUCAAUUAGAGAUCAAGCCAAGUCAAAAAACGAACACAGAAUACCAGAAGUGAUUUAACAUCGUGUGAACUAUAAAGAAUGAGUUGACAUUCAUCCAAACUCGCCAUAAAAGGAACUCUAUAAGUCAUGUAACUCACCAAGAAAGUUGAUAACACUCAUGGAAGGAAAGAGAAUUUGGUGUGUCUGUCGCAACUUAAAAGGGCCACCAGAUGGGAAUGGGCAAAGAAGCCGACUACUUUAUUUUCUCUGCCCAGAGCUCCGAGCAGUCAACGGGUGGAGAAAAUUAGCAGCCUUCGAGCAGCAGUACCUCUGAGCAGUGGCGUUUUUACUUGCGGCGCCCUUUUCUGUUUUGUUAUUACUUUUUUAGUUUACUUUUCAGUUUUUUCAUUUUAUUUCACAUUCUGUUGGUCGAAACUUGAUUUUUGGCUCUAAUUUGACUUUUCCUGAUUUCUGUUUAUGCCUGAAUUCACUUUUUUCUUGUGUGAAGCAUUCAGUUAUCAAGUUGCAAUAACAAAAAUGGGAAAAUUUAUAGCAAAAAUUGUGCUGACAAAGAUGUUGUAAAAGACCAAAAAUUCUGGCAUAUUAAAAAUGAGCUUUCAAUUGGAAGCAAA